CUAUGGUGGCGCCAUCACCCGGAAGUACUUACUUUUACUUUUCUGUUGACACGUAAGUAGGUGCCGUGUGAAGUUGGCGGUGUUCGGCAUUGUAGUACUAAAUAGGGCAGUCGUGAAGGAACUGCAGAGAGAUUGAAAUGUCAGGAUUUGACAACUUGAACACGGAUUUUUACCAGUCCAGCUACAGCGUCGAUGACCAAAAUCAGGGAUAUGCCUAUGGCAACACAGAGGACCCAUACAAACAGCCAUAUGGGCAGUAUGAUUACUCCCAGCCCAUGGCGUACGCCAGCCCGGGCAUGAUGCCCCAGCCUCAGCAGCCCUACACUGGACAGAUCUUCCAGCCCACGCCUGCCUACACCCCCGCCAGCUCACAGUCCAUGUACAGCAGCAGCUUUGAAGAUGAGCCUCCCCUGCUGGAAGAGCUUGGGAUCAAUUUUGACCACAUCUGGCAGAAGACGUUGACAGUAUUGCACCCCAUGAAGGUAGCGGAUGGGAGCAUAAUGAAUGAAACAGACCUUGCUGGGCCCAUGGUGUUCUGCUUGGCGUUUGGAGCUACGCUGCUACUCGCAGGGAAGAUCCAGUUUGGCUACGUGUACGGGAUCAGUGCUAUCGGCUGCCUGGGCAUGUACUGCCUGCUGAACCUCAUGAGCAUGACCGGCGUGUCUUUUGGCUGCGCCUCCAGCGUCCUGGGCUACUGCCUGCUUCCCAUGAUCCUCCUCUCCAGCUUCGGCGUGCUCUUCUCCUUACAAGGCAUGAUGGGUAUCGUCAUCACGGCGCUCGUCAUCGGUUGGUGCAGCUUCUCCGCCUCCAAGAUCUUCAUCUCGGCCCUGGAGAUGGAGGGCCAGCAGCUGCUGGUGGCGUACCCCUGCGCUCUCCUCUACGGUGUCUUCGCCCUCAUCUCCGUCUUCUGACAUGUCUCUCCCCCUCCAGCCCUCCCUCUCGCCUCUCUCCUCCGGCGCUCCUGCAGUGUAGCCCACCGAAGACCAAACGUGCGCAUCUCUCGCUAUGAAGGACCAGGGUGGGCCCAGGUGGGCCUCCGCUACAACUUGGACUGAAUUGCCUAUCCCCCAACCAAACCCCCCCCCCCCCCCGCAGCCUCUCAUUCCACCGCACACACCAAAUUCUUCAUUUCAUCUUCUUUUUAUGCAGUCUAGAUCUAGAUGGUAUUUUUUGUUUGUUCGUUUGCUGUGUGUGUCUGACUGACUGUGCACGAGACUGAGUGAGGUUAUGUGUAUGUGGUAAUAUCUGUGUGUCUGUCAAACCGAAUUAUUUAGACUUUGAGGCCUUUAGAAAAAUGGUGUGUCCAAGUACCAUUUUUCUCGCUCUUUUUUUUUUUUUUUUAUAUAGAAAAUCUGAGCAGGACCUUGAAUGAAUCACAUUAAACAAGGUUGUGGAGAUAAGUGUCAGAUUCCGGAUAUGUUUAAUGUGAGUAUUUAUCAGAAUAAUGACAGAUGUGCUAGCAUUAAUGUGUCAGUUCUCCGGGAAACAAACACACACACACAUUUUACCUACGUUUUCACUACCAGACAGUGGGAUUGCAUUUUCAUUCCAGGUAGUUGUUGCAUCUUCUCAUAUAAUUGAUAUUGACAGACAGAUGUUUUAAUUGAAAUCACUUCACCUGUACCUUCUGGUGGAGACACGCAUGCGUUAACACAACCUAUUCAAAGCAAGCAGCUCCUGGUACAGAUUGGGAAUGUGUUUUUAUAUGUAUUUAAUGUUCUCACUAUUAAGUGAUGUCAAGGCAGUGUGCACACACACACAUACACACAUAUAUGUGUCGCAGUACAGUCAACUGUCGAGCACCUUUGGUUUGUUUUAAACGGCUUCUCCUCACAAUGUAGGAACACGCUUUCCUCUUAUGUGAGCUGCCAUUUGCCAUUACUCAUCCUGGACGUCCGUGUGGUUCAGAUGGGCUCAGCUGCAUAGGUCUGGGGCCUCCUUAAUCUUAACGUUACGACAAGAUGUGUGAUCCUGUGUUAUCUGGGUCCCUCUGCCUUCAAGGCCCUUUCUUCCAGGAAUGUCUGAAAGGCAGAAUCCUUCCCUCCCACUUUACUACUCCCCCCCCCCCCCCCCGGCACACACACACACACGGGUGAGCAAGCACAUUGUCACAAACAUGUGUGGUUGUUUUUUUUGUGUGUUUUUCGAAUGUUUCACUCCCACUUCCACGUCUGACCAUUUGCUCUGUCAUACGCAGAGGUUAUAUCAUUCCCUCCCCACUCCUCUCGUUAAUUUCCAUUCUGCCCCUUCCUCUGCAGACGCAGGGAAACCCAUGGACCGGGGGGGUAAACGGGAGAGGGUUUCUAUUUUCUAUUACCCCCCUCGUAAAACAAAAAAGAAUGAAUAAUGCAUAAAUGCUUCGGAACAGUUUUUCUAUGCUAGAUAUCUGUUCAAGAUGAAAGCAAGGGGGCCAUUUAUAUCUUCACAUUACCGAGCAGAGGUGACUGCUCUCUGAUGGCCAAGUACGUUUGUAUACUGUAUAAUUUGUUUUGUACAUCAAAAAAAGACGACAAGUUCAAAUGUAACUAAUGUGUCUUGUGGAAUCAUUGGUGGAUUGGAAUUUUGGCGUCAUGCUUUUAGUGGUUUCACUGGCCAUUUUAACAAAAUAAAAUAUUGGUUGUAUAUAUUGAA